GUAGCCAAGCUCCCAGCUGGGGUUGCCACAUUGCGAUGGCCGUGGAAGGAGACUUGCCCUCAAGGUCAGUGGGGAGCCAUCUGGUGAGGGGGCUGAGAUUCAACAGGGGGGCGCCUGAGCUCACCUCCUGGGGAAGAGGUGGGAGGGCUUCUUCUUGAGAGGAAGCAGCCCCCCUCACCCUCUGCGGGAGGCCCUGGAGGGAUGAUGCCCAGCCUUGGGCCUCCUGGCAACCCCUCUGGCUCCCAGAGCCUCAGCAUGGCGCCUGGGCCCCCUAGCAGCCCCUCACAAGGCCAAACCUCCAGGGAAGGCGAUGCUCUAAAGAAGGGAAUGGGGGGCGGAUCAUAGAAUUGUAGAGUUGGAAGGGGCCCUGAGGGUCAUCUAGCCCAACCCCCUGCCCAACGUGGGGCUCAAACUCACAUUGCUCUACCAGCUGAGCUGUCCCAAAGGCUUGAGGAGGGGUUUGAGUAGCCCCCUCCACUCCCACCACCACCACUUCUCCUCUCCAAAUGUCCCCCCUCCCUCCGGUUAAUGCUGGUGGGUCAUUUUCACGGGGAAAGAGUGGCUGCAGCAACCCAGUGAAAUGGGUGGGGGAUUAUUAUUAUUAUUACUUACUUACUUACUACUAGCAUUCCACUGUAUGUUGUUCUGCUUUGCAGAAGCUUUCUACUAGCUUUUUUUGGGGGGGCGGUUUAUCAGGGGUUUCCAGUGUCCACUUUGCAGACUUGCUUGGCAAUGAGAGCUGGAGGGGAAGGCAGCACACCCACCCCCGCCUCUGCAUUUGACCCCCCCUUGCCACCUCUUGCCCCAGCAGUGCCGGGGGGGGGGACAGCGGCAGGUCAAAGGAGCAGGAUUGGGCUGGGUGACUUCCCUGGUGGGAUAUCUGCUGGACUACCAAGGGGUCGGGCAUGGCUGCUUCAGGCGCCUUGCUCUGAGCCCCAGUUCUGCCCAGAGGGAGGCAGCACUGACUUGAAUCCAGCACAAGGGGAUCCAAACAGAUCCCUGUGAAGGGGAGUCAGCUUCUGUGGUUGGAGACUCGGAUCCUCUCCUGGAAAAGGGCAGGUGAGCGCAGAAUUUGCCUGUAUCAGGAACAGCAAAAAAUGUCAUGGAACAAAGAGGAACAGCCAUUUUAGAGUCUGGUCUAAGCCAAGUGGUGAUGAAGGCCUGGUUGAUGUUGGCAGCCUCCAGUGAGAAGGAUCAUUAGGCGCGAGUGAUCAUGCUCUUCUGAAGUUUACUAUACAGCGGAAAGGAGCAGCCAAGCAUACUAGGACUCAAUUUCUUGACUUUAAGAAAGCUGACUUCAUAAAACCUAGGGAAGUGCUGGGUGAGAUCCCAUGGACAGUAAUACUAAAAGGAAAGGGAGUUCAUGAUGGCUGGGAGUUUGUUAAGAAGGAGAUAGUAAAAGCACAACUUCAGGCAAUACCAAUGAGAUGGAAACAUGGAAGGUGCCUAAAGAAGCCAGGGUGGCUAUCUAAAGAACUUUUAACUGAGUUAAGAUUAAAAAAGGAUGUGUACAAAAAAUGGAAAAGGGGGGAAACCACCAAAGAGGAAUUCAAACAAAUAGCCAGCACGUGUAGACACAAAGUCAGAAAAGCUAAAGCACAGAAUGAACUCAGGCUUGCUAGAGAGGUUAAAAGCAACAAAAAAGGCUUUUAUGGGUAUGUCCGUAGCAAAAGGAAGAACAAAGAAACAGUGGGGUCACUAAGAGGAGAAGAUGGUGAAAUGCAAACAGGGGACACAGAAAGAGCUGAACUCCUCAAUGCCUUCUUUGCCUCAGUCUUCUCCGAUAAAGAAAACAAUGCCCGACCUGAAGAAUUUGGAGCAAAUGAUUCAGCAAAGGAAACACAGCCCAGAAUAACUAAGGAGAUAGUACAAGAAUACUUGGCUAGUUUAGAUGUAUUCAAGUCUCCAGGGCCAGAUGAACUGCAUCCAAGAGUAUUAAAAGAACUGGCAGAUGUGAUCGCUAGAACCACUGGCAGCUCUUAGACUGAAUUCCUGGAGAACAGGCGAAGUCCCGGCAGACUGGGGGAGGGCAAAUGUUGUCCCUAUUUUCAAAAAGGGAAAAGAGAGGACCCAAAUAAUUACCGCCCAGUCAGUCUGACAUCAAUACCAGGGAAGAUUCUGGAGCAGAUCAUUAAGCAAACAGUCUGUGAGCAUCUAGAAAGGAAUGCUGUGAUCACCAAUAGUCAGCAUGGAUUUCUGAAAAAUAAGUCAUGUCAGACUAACCCACACCUGGUGGGUAAAAAACUCAAGAGAUCCUUAGCCAACACUCACGAUGAACAGAGUUUCUUUAAAGCCACAAAGACCAUCUAUGGGCCAAUAAAUCAUGUCAUAUGCCCCCUACGCUCAGCAGACGGUAUCACACUUCUAAAAGAUAAAGAAGCGAUUGCACUGCGCUGGAAAGAACAUGAUCAACAUCUCCUAAACCGCAACUCCCCCGUAGCUGCUGAGGUUCUCUCACAAAUUCUGUAAAACCAAGAUAAAGAUGAGCUUGCAAUAUCUCCAAAUCUGGGAGAGUUGUAUACAGCUAUUAACCAAAUGAAAAACAACAAAGCCAGCGGACCUGAUGGGAUACCUGCUGAAGUCUUCAAAGUGGGCAGAAUUGAACUUACACAACAACUUCACAAGCUCAUCGGAAAAACCUGGGAGAGAGAAGAGAUCCCAGCAGACUUUAGGGAUGCCAAAAUUAUCAAUCUCUUUCAGAAAGGUGACAGAACUGAUUGCAGAAACUAUCAAAGCAUGUCUCUAUUAGCUGCAGCUGGCAAAAUUCUUGCAAGGAUCUUAGCAAAUAGUCUCCUAACCAUAUCUGAGGGUCCCCAAAAUGGUUUUAGACCUUCUAGGAGGUUGUUGGACAUGAUUUUCAUCACUUGACAACUUCAAGAAAAAUGCAGAGAGCAAAACCAAUCCCUGUAUAUGGCAUUUAUUGACCUAAGGCCUUCAACAUUGUAAAUCAUAAUGCCCUGUGGACUGUCCUUCUGAAAAUUGGCUGCCCAGAUAAAUUUGCGAACAUCUUUUGGCUCCUCUAUGAUAAUAUGACAGCAACAAUGGCUUUCAAAGUGAACCAUUCACAGUGGGAUCAGGGGUUAAACAGGGUUGUGUUAUUGCCCCAACUCUAUUCAUUAUUUUCAUUGCCAUGAUCCUACACUUUGUCAAAGGGAAACUCCCCACAAGAGUAGAAAUCAUAUACUGAACAGAUGGAAAGCUCUUUAAUCUGAGUGGACUGAAAGUAAAGAGUAAGCUUACCAUAACUUCCGUCAUAGAUGCUGAUGACAACAUAGUGUGUGAAGACUCAGAGAAUGACCUCCAAACCCUCCUAAAUAUCUUUGCAGAAGCUUACGAAAAGCUUGGCCUAUCGCUCAACAACCCCUUUGCAGUGCCACAAAUCCAACUCAAUGGUGUAAUGUUGGAAAGUGUCAAUCAUUUCUCCUACCUGGACAGUUAUCUUUCCACAAGGGCUGACACUGAUGCCGAAAUCCAGCAUCGCCUGAGCUCUGCAAGUGCGGCUUUCUCCCGAUUGAAGUGCAGAGUGUUUGAGGACCAGGACAUUCGCAGGGAAACCAAAAUGCUUGUUUACAAAGCUAUUGUACUACCAACCUUACUGUAUGCUUGUGAAACAUGGACCACUUAUAAACGCCAUCUCCAAAUCUUCAAAAGAUUCCAUCAAUGGUGUCUCAGAAAAAAUGUACACAUCACUUGGCAAACUAAUGCCAGUGUACUGGAAGAUGCAAAGAUCACGCAUGUCGAAACAAUGAUUCUUCAACAUCAAUUUCGUUGGACUGGUCAUGUUGUGCAGAUGCCUGAUUCUCGUCUUCCAAAGCAACUACUUACUCCAAACUUAAAAAUGGAAAGCGUAAUGCUGGUGGCCAACAAAAGAGGUUUAAACUCUCUCAAGCCCAAUCUAAAAAAAUGUAGUAUAAACCUAGACAACUGGGAAACACUGGCCUGCGAGCGCUCCAGUUGGAGAACAGCCUUUACCAAAGGUGUUGUGGCCUUUGAAGACACUCGAACUCAGGAUGGAAGGGAGAAACGUGCUAUAACCUCUGGGUAUAGGGUGGUAUAUAAAUAAUAAUAAUAAUAAUAAUAAUAAUAAUAAUAAUAAUAAAAAGAAGCUUGCUUGGCUAACCCUCACUGGGAUGAACUCCCGCCUGGAAACCUAUGUUCCCACUCUGGAAGGACGUGUGGAUCCAGAAUUGGCCUUCACAGUCCCUUAUGGACUCAAGACCGUGUUCAUGGAAGACCAUCUUCCUCGGCUACGAGGGAUCGCCAAAGAAGAAGCAGAAGGCUGCCAAAGUGGGCCAAUGCCAGAGGCUGGCUUAUAUGUGCCUCCUAGUGGGGACCCCCCCCCUGGGCAGGAGACACCCAGCCCCCCUCCUCCUAAGGGCUUGUGGGGGAAUGCAAGGCUACUGCGGACGUGUAAGCAGCCUCUGGUGCGAGGCAACCGAGAGAAGAACUGCCUUUUGGACACCAGCGCCCAGGAUCCUGUGGGCGGGAGUUCCACAGUUUAACUGUGCACUGCGUGAGGAAGUCAGAGGCUGGCUCCGCUUUCCCCUUCCGGGCCCCUGUCGGAGGAGCCCCGCCGAGCCAGGCGGUCCCCUGGGGCCCGAUCCUGUCCCCUCCUCCUUGCCGAAGACUGGCUCUGCACAUGCUCGGGGAGCCUCUUCCUCCGCGGGCGGGGCCUCGCUCAGCCGCUUUCGCCCUGGAGACCCCGGGAUGCUCCGGCGCGUGCGCAGAGGGGCGCGUGGGCGGGGCCUGCGAGGCGGGAGAAGCCUCUCUCUCUCUCUCGCCCCGCCCCCCGUCUUCGGUUGCCAUGGCAGCGCGGAGGGCGGAGCCAGGGUCGCGAGCGCCGUCGUCCGGCCCUGCUCGGGGGCGGCGCAUGCGCGAGAGGACACUCCUCCCGGCCCCCCGCAGAGCCGGCCCGGUCCGUGAGGAGGAGGAGGAGGAGGCGGCGGAGGAGGACGGAGCCAGCCAGCCGCCCUUGCCGCGCCGGCACCGCCGUGAGUGGGGGGGGGAAGGACCAGGGCGGAGGGGACCCCCCUCCCCUCGCAAAACGGGGGGCGCGAGAAAGGGGUCCCCUCACCCCGGGGGGAGAGGGGGGUCCGGGGAGGGGCCCGGUCUGCGCGCCGCCGGACGCCGUGACUCAACAGUCCGACGGGGGGGCCUCUGGGGGCGACCCCCCCGCCGCCGCUUAGGGACCCCCCUCUUUCCCUUUCUCUUGGGGGGCGGGGGGUUCUUGGCCGCCCUCGUCGCCCCAUCCCGGGAGCAGGUGGGGGUCCCGUCGGGGGGGGCAGGGAUGGGACCCCCCCGUAUCCUCGCCCUCCCCCCGUGGGCCUCCUGGGGGCGCGUCUCUCGGCGGCGUCCUUCCCUCCGGGUCUCUCGCCCGGGGACACGUGUGAGCGCGCGUGCCGCCGCUGCCGCAAAAUGGCUCCUGCCUGGACGGGGGGGGCGGGGGAGGGAGAAGGCGCCCCCUUUUCCUCCUCCUCCUCCUCCGCCGGAGUCUCCCCGCAGGGAGGGAGGAAGGGCCCCCGAUGGGGCUGCCGGGCUCCAGGCAGACCCCCCUGCCCUCCACGCGGGGAGGUGUUCCUGCGGGGAGAAGGACCCGGCCCAGGAGGCCUCCCGUCCAGCAUCGAGGUCUGGCGGCGGCCCAGGAGUGCCCGGCAGGGAAACCAGCAAGCAGGAUCCGACCCGAAAACAGGUUCUGCUCUCUCCGGUCCAGACUCCCCCUCCAGCUCUCAGCCUCUAACACAAGCCAGCUCCACACGCACCCACUGCCCCCAUCCUGCGCUCUCUUAGGGCAAAAAGUGAUGGUGGGCACUUGGCAAAGCACUCUUAAGAGUUGGCAAAGUGCAAAAAAGAGGAGCUGCAAUCUUUUUAUGGGACGCUUUCAUUCCGGGACUGGGGCAUACCAGAAUAUUCAGCCUGUCCUUAAGUAAGUGGGCAGAUCCUGGACCCCACGGUCAGGGCGGUUCGCCGUUGGUUUUCUCUCUGCAAAACAUCCUUGCCCAUCACUGCUGCUCCGUUGACUGAUGGGAUGCCAGCAGAGAGGCCUCCGCACACUCUGUGGGUAUCCCUGGCAUAGCUGGAGAGGGUGUGGCUGGAGGACCAUUUUUGCUCUGAGCUGCUUGUGGGCAUUGCCUUCCGCUUGCCCCUUUGCGGUGGCCGGCAGGGCGCUGGGCAGCCUGGCAGUGUUGCUGCGUUCUUUUUUCAGCUGGUGAGACUCCUCGGACCAGACUGCUGCUGCUGCUUACGAAUGAGCCCUGCCUUGGGGCCCAGCAGGCCUCCUUUGAAUGCUCUGCCCCUGCGGCAGAGGGCAAGGCAAGGUGUGGCUGCGCUCGGCCAUCAAAGCCCUUUGGGUCGGCCAGCAGAUGCUGCCUCCCCUCCUGCCCCCAUUGCUCUCCCCUCCCGUCUGGCUGCCUUGGCUGUCAGCAGUUGUGCUGUUGGCGUUCUCUUCUCGAGCCUCGGCGGCUCAUCCUUGCCCUUCUUCCUGGCGUCUGCUCCUCUUGUGCCAUGAUCCAGGUGCUUCCUUCCACACGGAGCACCCGGUGGAGUCUGUGCAUGCCCCACCCAGCCCUGGGGCCCUCCAGAUACUUUGUCCAGCAACCCCUGUCUAAACCCAGGCGGUGUGGCCCGUGGCCAGAGAAGAAGGGAGCUGGAGUCAGCAAAGUGUGGAAGGCACCAAACUGGGGAGGGCGCCCCUGAAGCUGUUUCUGUGGUGCUCUGGUGUCAGAAAAGAGGGAGGCUCUGUGGGGUUUUCAGCCACCUUGCAGCUGCCAUUUGAACGGCAUUGUUUUAGGGCUGGAGUGUCAAAAUGCCAUGCAGUUGUCCGUGUCUGAGAAGUGUGGACUGCCCCAACUGAAUGUGUGAACAGGCAGUUGCUGAAAAGCUGCGUUUGGAGUGAUGUGAGAGCUUCCUUAGCUUUCCGGCUGUCCCUUGACUUGGUGCAAGCAGCUGCCUCCAUUGGGCCGAAGUGGUUUGCUGCUGUGAGAAGAGGCUGCUGGCCUGGACGGCCCCAUUGGCCUCUUCCAGCUGCCUCUUCUUGUGUCCCCAUGAGAGAAAGUGAGCCUCAUCUGCUCACCUAGGUCUUGGAGGAAACUGUUCCUGUGCUCUCUGCCCAGCCAGCCUCAAACUUCACCUUGAUCGCUUUUGUGCCUGGAUGGUGCUCGUAUUUAUGAACCUGUCAGACAGAAUAUCUGCUGUUUGUGCCUGAGACGGCGUUUCUCUCAAGGAGUCUGACUGCCUCUCUGCUGAUGCAGGUUCACUCAGCAGGCGCAUCAUUCAGGGUGGCUGGGAUUGUGCAGGGAUGACCGGCUGCUCUUCCAAUGGGUCGAGUGUUGUGCCCCUUCCUCUUGACUUAGCCCAGUGUAGCCUGAUAGCAGGUAACAAGGACAUUGAGAUGAAGUGUGCAGGACGGGGGGGGGGUUGUUGCUACAGAUGCAAAAAAAAGCAUGUUCUGCAUUCACACUGACCUUGCCAACAUCUUGAGAGAAAGGAGAGACUCAGCAGAGCAGGGGCUUCUGGAGAGGAUUGGCCGAGGGAUAAGAUUCCAAGGGAAUGCAGGAGGAGCUGGAGGGAGGAGACGGGAACCCAGGGGGCAGCCUGGGAAACCGUGGCGGCUGCUCCUGACUCCAGCCUCCUCACUGUGGGGGAGUGUGAGAUUUGUGGUCUCCCUCCUUGCACAGAUUUCUGAAGCUAAACUUCAGAUUUCUGGGCAGCCUGGGAUUUUUGCAGAUCUGACAAACAGCUGCUGGUGGAUGCCUUGAAAAUUUCCAAGGAAAGAAAUUCCAUAAGCUUCCCAGACAGCUGCUUCUGCAGAUCCUUGCCUCUGGUCCUCAUAUCCCUCUCUUCGUUCAAAAAUGCUUUUAAAUAUUUGAAAUAACUCAGCAUAUCUGAAGGGGAUGGGCAGAGACCCCCCCCCCCAGGGCCUACUGAUUUAUUAUGGGCUGGGAGUUAGAAGGCUCUGGUUGAGUGAGUGAGCUGAGAGGGGAGCUGGUGGUGUGUGAGCUGCCCGGCUGGGGGUGGUGCUGCCGCCUCUGCCGUUGGCAUGCUGUGUCACUGCUGCUCACUGUGCCCAGGCCUGGGGCAGAGGUGUUGCUUGGAUAAGUGGGUCAGGCCCUCUGUUGAUUUUGCUGGAGCUGUGUCAGCACAUCCUGGCCUGCCAAGCCACAGCUGCAAAGGGCCCUGCAACAACCCCUUGAAAUCUGAAACUGGCCCCAACUAGUUGUCACCAUUCUUGCCACCCUCCCCCCCCCCCCACAAAAGUGCUGCUAAAUGGGUAUAUCUGGGGAUUGCAGGGAAGACCUCCUGGUUUCUCUUGCCUGGGAGCCACGUCAGCCACGGUGAUCCGAGGAUUUUCUGGAGCCUUGUCAGGUGGGGCUGUGGUGGGUCUGUGUGCGUGAAACUUAAUUUGGGGCAGGCAGCUGCAAAGGGUCUGGAGUAAGAGGUGCAGGCUCAGAAAUACCUGUCCUGGUGCUGAUGGAAAGCCGACCCCCACCUCCACUCAUGUAAAGGGAGUCUUCCUGCUCAGGGCCCUCCGAUACACAACUGCCACAGCUGACUUCUGCUCCUGAAAGUCUGCUGGCCUUGCCUGCGCAUAUUUCUGAGUUAUCGCCCAGGUGGGGUCCCUUGCUAAUUGCCGGGAUUAUAGAAAGUGAAAAGGUGGCGAGUGUUGCUUCUAAUGGCGCUUUGGCAAGAGCAGGGAUUGUUUUGCCUUGUAGUGGAGACGCCCGCCUGCUGCAGCAGCGGCCUUGUUUAAUUCUGCUUUAUUUGAAAAGGGCUUGCCACUUGCUUGCACACUGGGCCUGCCCACCACUCUUCUUGUUUGCUUUUCCUCUGUUUGUGGCAGGCACCAUCGCUACAGUCCACGUCUCUGGUGCUGAUCUUCAGCAGUGCUUCCACGUGGGGCUUUGGGUGGCAGAGAAAUGCAGAUGCCAAAGUCUGUGGGUGUUGGGAGGAUGGGUGUCGCUUGCGCUCCUUGAAGGGAGGCUGCACGCAAGCCGAGAAAUGCCCCCAGUUGUUGCUUACCUUGGAGCUCUGCGGUCUGGCUCAGAGGCCCCAAAGACAGCUGCGUGGCUUGGGUGGAAUUCCUGCUCUCCAUGGUUACUCCAGCGAUAGUUAUUUAUAUAGCCUCCUAUUUGGUCUUUGUGUGCCCCUUCCCCACAGCCCUGUCUGAUGGAUCAGGGUGGGCAUUUCGUCAGAGUAUGGGAAGGGAAUCUGGGUUUGACUGCCCUCCCUCCCCCUGCUGCAAUCUUUCUGACGUGUGGGUGCGAGUGGUGUUUUUACUUUCAUGAAUUCCCAGCAGUCGGUGGGGGGGGGGGCUUUCAGCAGCUCCAAAACAUUAACGAAAGAGUUCUCUGGAGUCGGGAAGCAGACAUGGUUGUCUGCCUUCCUGGUUGCUCUGCUGUUAGUGAAGUCUUUGGUUAGGGCAAGCCACCCCAGCACACGUCCUUCCGAAAUCCCUGAGGCGCUGCUGCGGGGCUUUGUUGUUGGGGCUUUCUCAGCUCCUCCUCCUCCUCUCCCUUGGUCUUGUCUGGGUGUGCCAUGCCCUGCCAUCGCCACGUGAACUUGGCACAAUCUCGUGACAGCGGGCUUUACUACAUAGGCAUAACAAAGUGCUCCCUGGCCAUAUGCUUCCUCUGAAGGGUAUCGCAUGAAGGCUGGUGGAGAGAGGCAUUCAUGUUAAUGCUCCAGAUGGGAUGCUGUUGGCAAGGAGGGGAUGGCGCAGGAUGGUGUUUCUGCAGAGUUUGGGGACUUCUCUCACCAAGAGCCAGAGGUCUGGCUCAUAGCAGAAGAGAGGCCAGGCUCUGGAGUGAGCAGCACUGCAGAGUUCACAGUCAGUGUUAGAAACUGAGACAUGGAAGCUAGGAGCUAAAGGGCACCUUAAGCCUAGGUUAGGGGCACAACAGCGGACUGCCUAGGCAUGCUUUUUCUAUAACAAGAGUACAAAGCUGAAAAUGAAUGAACUGCAGCUAAAAUCUUAGGUUCAUUUUUCACAUGGUCUAGUCCUUCCCCUGCCCACUCCACUAAUAUUCUUAAAUCUUCAGAGAGUAGCUGGAAGUGGGGAGGCAGAAAAAGGUCCUCCUUUCCCCCCACUCUGCAGUUUUAAUCUGAAAUCUUAGGCGUAGUACUGUGCCCAGAGCUCAGAAACUGCUCGUGCUAAUGAAAUUCCCUGUUGCAAAAUGCGCCUAGAACAAUGGGAGCUUCGAACACUGUUCCCAGUUGCCUCCAGAUUGAGUCGGAACCUUUCUUUAUACAAGGGACAGUUGCAGGGGGGUGGGGCUAGAUGAUCCUCAGGAUCCCUUCCAACUCUGCGACCACUCUUGAAAUGCUGUCCCUUGUUCUGGCUGCAACACUUCAAAAAGAUAUUGUAGAGCUGAUACAGGUGCAGGAAAGGGCUAUCAAACUGUUCAAGGGGCUGGAUCAAAUCGCCUGUGAGGAGAGGUUGCAGUGCUCGGGAAUUUUUAGUUGGGGGGGGGCGGGACAUAAUAGAGAUCUGUCAGAUUAUGCAUGGCAUGGAGAAAGCGAAUAGAGAGUAUUUUCUCCAUAAUUCUCCAGCCUGUGUUGACAUCAGAUAGGACUUUUGUUCCAGACUGUUCCAGUUUUUCAUACAUGCAGGGACCCCACAUCUGAGCUCUCAGGAGCGGGGCUUGUUUUGCGCUUGUGCUUCCCUGCCUGGUUUGCUGUUCUGGGUCGGGCUAAACCUGCGAUCUGGUUUCUGUUCCUUCGUUUGCCUUUGCAGUAUCAGAGUGAAGCUCUGGGGGAAAUCCCCGGGGCUUAGAAAUGUGAUGCUCUGCCAAGGGAUGUGAAAUAUUUUUCUUGGUUGGCUUGGAGUCUAGUGCCUCCUUGCCUGUGUUUGGAGUGAACGCCUGUGUCUACAGCUAGAGCUGAGCCAGAGAGGCCCACUUUCUCUGGCUGCAUCCUCUGCACAUCACAGCUUCUGGGAAGGCCAGCAUCUGCACGGCCUUCUCCAGUUUCGGGAGAAUGGUUUCCAAGAGCUGGCACUGCCUGGCACAUCGGGAUCCCAGCACCCUCCAAAGACCACCACACCCUUUCUGUCCCAUUGCACUCCUACUGAAAGCACCAUUUGGCAGAAAGGUAGGAGGCAGAUUUAAAGAAUCAUCCAAAUAAAUAAAUUUCCUCUUCUCACCCGUGGGAGUCCGCACAUCCUAGCAGUGCAGGGAGUAAUGGCUGGCGCUGCAGCUGGCGCAUCCCUGGCUCCUGCAGACCCUGAACACCUUCUGGGAGCUGGCUGAAUUCUGUUUAUCUGGCCCCACUUUCACCAACUGAGAUGGGGGGGGGACGCUACUUAAAGCAACCUGACUGUGUUUCUGUUAGUGCAUUUGCAUUUAAUCCACAGUGAAUCUUCAGGACGGAAGGCUAGGAAUUCUCUGGCUUGAUGCACAAGAGCUGCUCAGAGGAGCUUGUGACCUCCCCAGCAAAGGCCAGCUUGCUGAGCAGUGGGAGAACAUCUGCUUUGUAUGCAGAAAUGCCCAGUUCAAUUCUUGGUGUCUCUAGGCAGGAUUGGGAAUGUUCCUUGGAGAGACCCUGCCAGUCAGCAUGGGCAGGCCUGUUCUAGAUCAUGGGUAGGCAAACUAAGGCCUUGGGGCCAGAUCUGGCCCAAUCGCCUUCUAAAUCCGGCCCGCGGACGGUCUGGGAGUCAGCAUGUUUUUACAGCAUGUGGUGGAGUCUCCUUCUUUGGAGGUCUUUAAGCAGAGGCUUGACAACCAUAUGUCAGGAGUGCUCUGAUGGUGUUUCCUGCUUGGCAGGGGGUUGGACUCCAUGGCCCUUGUGGUCUCUUCCAACUCUAUGAUUCUAUGAUACAUGAGUAGAAUGCAUCCUUUUAUUUAAAAUGCAUCUCUGCGUUAUUUGUGGGGCCUGCCUGGUGUUUUUACAUGAGUAGAAUGUGUCCUUUUAUUUAAAAUGCAUCUCUGGGUUAUUUGUGGGGCAUAGGAAUUCAUUCAUAUAUUUUUUUUUCAAAAUAUAGUCUGGCCCCCCACAAGGUCUGAGGGACAGUGGACUGGCCCCCUGCUGAAAAAGUUUGCUGGCCCCUGUAAUCUAGGUGGACCAACGGUUUGACCUGGUCAAAGCGCAGCUUGUGGUGUUCUUGGAGCCCCUCACAUGAGCAGGUUGUGGGUCUCUGGAAGGAAGCUCAGGGGUUUCAGCCUCCAGCUAGUAGGAGAGCUGUGUCCAAGUGAGGCCCAGCACCUCCAGGGACCCUUGAGGAGGUCAGGACAGUGUGCAUUGCCUUGUAUGGGUGCAGCAAUGUGCAGGGUGGAUGAAAUUAAAUUGUUUAACCACAUCAGUUAACAAACAUAUGCUAUAAUGUUAUUAUUUUAGUAAAUAGAUUGUUUAAAUUGUUAUUAAGGAAACAAUUGUUUUUCUCCUACCACUAAAGUACUGCAGAAAAGUUGUCCAAAUAUAAACAGGUAACUUAUUAAACCUCACAAUAAUUGCAUAAUUAUCUAUGUAUUUCUAAUAGUAUAACCAAAUCAGUAAUUUUUGACAUAACUGUAAAAACUGCUCUGAAAAUUUAUUAUUCCAAAAAUGAAACUUUCAUCUGGUUGUAAAUAUUAAGAUUAUACCAGCAAGAAUUAGUCUUUCUGUAAAAAAAUGAUUUAAAUCAAAUCUUACUGACUAGUGAUUUAAAUUGUGAUUUAAAGCAAUUUGAUUUAAAUCAAAUCCACCCUGGCGAUGUGCCUGUUUUUUUCUUGGUUUGCAUAUGUCUGUGUUUGGUAGCCUUGAGGAGGAGCAAGGAGCUGUGCCCCCUUGCCCAGCGGAAAGGUGUGGAGAGUGAGCUGUUAGCUUCAGGUCCAGGACUUGAUCCAUCCAUGUCUGGACGCCAGCGGAAGCCGGUUUCCUUUCAUCUCCUCCCUCCUGCCACCCUGCCUGCCCACCCCAAUCUGCUCUGGAGAGUUGGGGAACUUCUAGAGUGGGUGUGGGGAGGGGUUUGGGGGGGGUCUGCCUGGGAAGAAGAGAAGGGCGAGUCCCGUUGCUGGGUUCCACUCUUAAACUAAGAGCAGUUUCAAAUACGGCACAGAAGGUGCGGUGGUUGGGGCUCUGUCUUCUUCCUUAUGCACAGAGGUAGUAUUAUCAUAGCGCUAAGCAAGCGGUCAGUUGGCUGCUUCAGAGCAGGUUUCUGGGCAUCCGCAGAGGUCUCCUCCCUGGGCACAAUGGCAGCCUCUUCUGCUGGUCCAUGGAAGGCAGUCAGAAAGAGGCUGGAACUGGAAGCAGUCUCUCUGGACCCCGCAAGCCAGGAGGCCGCUGAGAAAAACUUGUGGCGGUGGCAGUGAGGCCCCUCUCUGAGACCCAGAGCCAUUGUGCCCCAGUUCCCCUUCCUUCUGUUCCUGCCCAGUGCUGGAGCUGAGUCCGUCCUGGGCGCCUGGCGCGCUGCCUACUUCUGCUUGGUUUCCCCUGUUAGAACACAUUUGCUCUUUGCAUGCAGAUGGCUCCCUAAAGCCCCCCUCUGAAUGCUUCUGCCUUGGGACUCGAAUAAGCAGGACUAGGCACACAAUGGGAUGACUGGCCGGAAAGAAAAGCCUGGAACUUUCCAGCUGGGAGGUCCGGGCUGAGGGGCACCCAGAGGGAGCCGCUGGGCCUUUGUGAGCUCCCCCUCUGCUGAGCUGGCGGCAGGCGGGUGCAAUGCUGCUACGCAGGUUGGGACUCAACAGGGAGAUCAGGCCGUCUCCCAGAGCCAGCGCUCCCAAAGCUGGCAUCGUGGCUAAGCAGAAUCUUCCGGCGGGAAAGCAGUCGUGCUCGGCUCUUGAAAGCCACACAAGGAAUCUAGGAGCAUUUUGGGCCUCAGCAUGCUUGACAGGCCAAGCUGCCCGUCUCUCAUAAUCCAUCUAGUAAGAUGGCAAAAAGUUCCCAGCAGUUGCCCACAGAGUCAUAACAACAACAAUAACAAUAAUAAUAAUUUAUUAUUUAUCCCCCAUCCAUCUGGCUGGGCUUCCCCAGCCACUCUGGGCGGCUUCCAACAGAACACUAAAGCACAAUAACCCAUUAAACAUUAAAAGCUUCCCUAAACAGGGCUGCCUUCAGAUGUCUUCUAAAAGUCUGGUAGUUGUUGUUCUCUUUGACAUCUGGUGGGAGGGUGUUCCACAGGGCGGACGCCACCACCAAGAAGGCCCUCUGCCUGGUUUCCUGCAACUUGGCGUCUUGCAGUGAGGGAACCGCCAGAAGGCCCUCGGAGCUGGACCUCAGCGUCCGGGCAGAACGAUGGAGGUGGAGACGCUCUUUCAGGUAUACUGGAUCGUCAGUCAGUCCUUUCUCUAUCCCUGCUCUCUCCCAGUUGCCUCUAUGUGCCCUGGCACAGCUUGCCUUCAUCUGGCUUCUGUGCCCUCCUAGGUCGCCUGUGGAGCCAGAGUUCAGCUUGCAUGUUGGGUCGGUUGAGGGAGGGGGCUGGCGAUGGCUGUGUCCUAGCAGGACUGCCACUCACUUGACCUGUGUUCCCCUCGCCAGGGCCUUUUGGGGCUCUAAUCCCAUCUUAAAAUGAGAUUUGGUGACUGUCUAAACUUUGCUGGGAUUUAGGUGCCUUAUUUAGACCUGCUUCUGGAGGUGCCUUUGUGAGUUCAGGAGAAGCGAGAGAGAGGAGGAGGAGGAGGAGGAACCUGGGGCUGCUGGGAUUCUUUUGAGCAGAAUCCCUGGCAGGCUAGGCAGGGGCAUCAUCGCCUCCUGGGCCUUGCAGGUGUGGCCCAUUUGGCUCCCCCCAGGUAAGUGCUUCCGUGUGAACGGGGCACAGCCGCCGGAGCAAAGGCAAGCAGGGACGGAGGCUGCUCCUCUAGGGGUGUCUUGGGCCGCUGAUAAUGUUCACAGAUGCAACACUCUGUGGCUCUUUCCCACGGAGGAUGGUUUGCAGUGCAGAAGUCCCAAGCGGUGGUUUUGAGACAGCACAGUCUUUCCUUUCUGUCCCGGGCAGGAUCAGUGCGAGCAACAUUGGUGACAUCCACUUGACAGUCAUUCAGGAGUGUCUGCUGUUCCCCAAAGAAAGGCUCCCUACUUCUGCUCCAUUUCACUUGGAAAUCUUCUUUUCUGAUCUCACUGAGUAAAAAUUGGAGCCUGUUAAGUGGGCAUUGCAACUGUGUGGACAUUUGCCUCUCUUGGGCUAGUGGCAGAGGGAGAGAGAGACCGGGCAUAAGACCAGCCACCAGCUGUGAAUAUUGCAGGCAGAGUUCCAACCCCAGAAAAUGCAAGGAUGGGAUCCAAGCUGCAGCUGCCCAGUACAAACAAGCACCAGCCCCCACCAGCAGCUCACAACCCCCCCCCCCCCCCGUGAAGCAUCCCUCAGCAGCACUGCUGGGCAGGUUGGGCCUGCUAAUUUCUAUGGUUUAAAUCACCAGGUGAAAAAAUGACAACACUAAAUCAUGGAUUUAAAUUAAAAAAUUCCCUUUGUAAUUGAGGUAAUCUCUAAACGAAAGUGCAUUCCUGUUGUUGCAACUGUAGAAACACAUUGAUUUGAAGCAGAAUAUAACUUUUGCACCAGCCUUUGCCAACCUGGUUCCUUCCAGAUGUUUUCGACUCCAGUCAGCCUCAGGCCGGCAUGGCCUGGCUGGCUGCAGCUGUGGCGAAGGCUGCUUUAUGCAACCUGAGAAGGUGCCAUCCUGUCUUCAGUAGUGAGCAUCCCACUGUCGUGGGCUUCCGUUUUCCAGCAAGAGACGCCAUGAAGGCCACCCUUUUUAGGGAAUUUUUUAAUGAUGUUUUAAUGUAUUUUUAAUCUUUCGUUGGAAGCUGCCCAGAGUGGUUGGGGAAACCCAACCAGAUGUUCGGGGUAUAAAUUAUUAUUAUUAUUAUUAUUAUUAUUAUUACUAUAUUGGGCCCAGGCGAAACCGAGCACACAGUUGUGGCUCUGUGCCCUCACGAGUAGCCAGGAGAGAGCCAGUUCAGGGGGAUUAAAAACAACAGUGCAACCUCUUAGAACUGCUGAUAGGUUCAAGAAAGCAUUGCUGUUUGAUGGGUUUAGAAUGCCCUUCAGUCUUCUGUAUUUCCAAGGUGAUGAGGCACAGUUAGGUGGUGGAUUUUGGGUGCUGUCAAGGGGUUGCAGAGCGAGAGGUGCAGGCCAGACUGACUGAGCAAAUUCUCUGAGAAGUUCUCCUUUGCAAGACCAGCAGGAAGAGUACAGUUGGCUGAGGAAGAGUACGGUGCUGUUUUUUACGUAGUCAAUGAUCAAUACAUCAUGAACUUUCUGGUGGGUUGUGCCCCAUGUUGGGUGUGUGUGUGUGCAUUUGGAGUGUUCUGCCUAAGCCUUGAGUCAGCCGGCAUCUUUCUGAUUCCAUAGCCGUUGGUGAUGUUGUACGUAAUAAACCAUUGCCACAGCUGACCCAAGGAGCAGCAGCUGUUGGCCAGGCUGUGGGACUAAAAUAGUGAACUGCUUGUUGCAUACUUUGAGUUCUCUGGAAAUAAGCAGGUUGCAGGCUGGGACAUGGCCCUCGGGGAGCAGUUUGCGCUGCUGCAGCCAUUGCCCCCCCCGCUGCUUUCUUCCCCUGGCCUGGAAUCUCCUCUGCUGCUGCUGCCCCCCCCCAAAGACUCUCUUGACUGGUGCCCUACUUAAGUCACUCAUUCCUGUGUUGUACACCUGACGCCUCCUUGAUCUGAGCAUCUUCUGAGAUAAAUAACAAGCCCUUUUCCCUGCCUGCAACUCUGACGCUCUCUCCAGUCAGAAGCAGGAGACAGUGACUAUGAGCAGUAAGUUAAUGAUCCAUUACACCAGCAAUUCAUGGUGCAGUCCAUGGGCAAAACACGAGACUUCUGGAUUGCAGUGAAACUAGAAGCUUGUGCAAGGCCCACUUUAUUUAUUUAUUAUUUAAGAUCACCCGCUCUGAGACCCCACAGUAAUUCUCCCCUGGCCUCCUCACUGGCCCAAAUAGGACCAAUUCAGCCAGCUAGCCCUGGGAUUAACUAACUGAUUUUUGACUUUUGAUGUUUAUUCCUAUUCAUGUUUUUAUACCGUAUUUUAUGCUGCUUUUAUAAUUAAGUGUUUUAAAUUUGUUGUUAGCCGCUCUGAGCCAGGUUUUUGAACCAGGAAGGGCGGGGUAUAAAUAAAAUAUUAUUAUUAUUAUUAUUAUUAAUAAUAAUAAUAAUAAUAAUAAUUCCCAUCUCCCUGCCCCACAAGCAUGGCUGGAACUUGCAGUCCCUUUCCCUCGUGGGCCUGGGGAGGGGGGUGCCUGCAUCCAAGGGCAAACCACUUCAAACCCACCAGCAGCUGUGAAGGAAGACCCGGUCUGGGUGGAUGUUGCGGCAGAUGCACCAGGUCCAAAUAUGCAUGUGGCAAUCCUCUUCCUCUUCCUCCCUCCCUGUGGCUCCUCCUCCUGCUUUCCCCCCUCAACCUGCCAUCUGUGCUGGGCUUUACCUGCAUGGGGAGGACUGCCUGCCUUUGGCCUUCUGGCUCGCCUUGCCUUUGCGUAUGGGGUCUCCUUUCCUGAAGGGCUGGCCAGUUAGGGGUCAGGAAAGGUCGCACUGGUGCCUCUGCCUGGAAGGAGGCGGCUGCAGAGGCUGCUUGGGCCAGAGGACCCAGGAAGGAGCUUGGUGGGGAGGGGUCCCUCUUGGGCUGUGGGCUUCAGGCUUGGCUGCUAGGGGUCAGGGGGGCUGCAACUGGGGCUGGCGAGGGCUCUCUGUCUCCCCCUGUGGUGCAGAGUCACGCAGGUGCUCUUGGCUCAUUCUCUUCCAUUCAUCCAAUCGUUCUGCCCAGACACUGAGGUCCAGCGCCGAGGGCCUUCUGGCGGUUCCUUCAUUGCGAGAAGCAAAGCUACAGGGAACCAGGAAGAGGGCCUUCUCGGUGGUGGCACCCGCCCUGUGGAAACCCUCCCAGCAGAUGUCAAGGAAAUAAGCAGCUAUCCUAGCUUUAAAAGACAUCUGAAGGCAGCCUUGUUUAGGGAAGCGUUUAAUGUUUAAUAGGUUAUUGUAUUUUAAUAUUCCAUUGGAAGCCGCCCAGAGUGGCUGGAGAAACCCAGCCAGAUGGGCGGGGUAUAAAUAAUAAAUUAUUAUUAUGAUGAUUAUUACUAUUACUAUUAUUUUCCACUUAAAUAAUAAUAAUUUAUUUUUGACAAAGCAAUAAUCAUAAAUAAAUAAGAAUAAAAAUUACCUUCCGUUUUUUGAUGCAGUACACCUUUCCCGAACGCUGAAUUAAAAUGGGACAUAGCCACCCCCAGCGUGAACCUGAGCUGCCUGGGACUUUGUUUGAAAAUAGCUAGAUUCUGCCUUUUGGCGCCAUUACCCUGGCCGCUGUUGGGGACAAAGUGCUGGACUCUGUGGACCUGGAGCUCCUGUUGGGGAGCCAUCCUGGACCCUUUUGUGGGCAGAGCGAGUGCUGGGCCCUUGAACCCGGAGAGCACCUUCCCCAACAGCCUCCCCUUGGGACCCCAAGCCCAGCUUGCUGCCCCUCUGGACAGCUGCCUGCGGGGUUUCUCUCUUGCUUCCCCUUCCGGCAUCCAGAGAGGCACCCACAUUCCUUGUCCCCUUCCCAGGUUGGUGGCCCAGGGAGAGCGUGGGGGGUUGUUUGACCUCCUUCCCCUGUGCCACGAUGGCUUGUGCUGUGGGUGCCCCCUCCCCUCUCCCCCUGCCCCCAAUAGCCCAGGCAGCUCCAAGGAAGAUCACCUGUGCCAAGAGCCAUGUGGGGAGCUGGAGGCGCCCCCUGGAGGCUCCUGGAGGAAUUCCAUCCUCUCCCUCUCCUGGACAAGGACUCAUCAGCUGCUGCCUUGGCCGCAUCUGGGCUUUCCAGGCUCAGCUUUUAAAGCAUGAGCCAGGUUCUCCCAGGUGGCCCUUGAGCCAGCCUGGCUUGGGGCCUUUUCCCUCCCUCUUCUUUUCUUUAAGCCACCCUUCCCCACAAGAGGCAUUCUGGAGUGAUGCAGAAGUGAUUCUGAGUGCGCCCAAGAGUUGAAGGGGCACAAGGCGUGCUGUUUUCCUUGUCCCAAAAGGACACGGCAUGUUGUGGGGUGGGCUGUGUGCUCUGCGUGUUGAAAGGCCCAGUUGCUGGCAAAGGCCUCUUCUCCGCCAAAGGCUCUGGAGGCUUCUGGGCUGGAGAGGAAAAGGUGCCACCUUGCGUUUCAGGUCAGAGGGGCAGAGUGUCCUGCCUUGUGAAGAAAGCAAAGCUCUUCAGAGCUGGACUGGGAAACCUGUAGUCCUGCCAGUUGCUAUGGGACUCCCAUCCGCUCCAGUCAGCGUGGCCAGAGGGGGUGGGAGUUGUCCAUCCCUGGAACAUCAGGAUGCCUGCUGUUUACCUACUGCUGCUUCAGGGAUGGAGGGUGGGCAAUCAGCCUUUGAUCAGGCCAGGCAUCAUUUUGGAAAGGCAGCCCGUUUGCCCAGGUCUCUUGACUUGCACAGCAGAUAAAGCAAGGGGACCCUCCAACAGCAACCAAACGAUGCAGCGCUUCCUUGGAGGAAUGCUCCUGGCCCCUGGGGCAUCGAGCUGAGCGUUAGAGGAAGCCAUAUCACAAGGUGUGCUGUGAUAAUUUCACAUGCUGCAGAAUAAGUAACUCGGGAUUUUUCUCAGUAGCCCAAAGUAGCUGAACUGAAAUGCCCGACUAGGGGGGAAACUGUGAGAAAGUGCAAGUCAGGGCAGUUUAAGGGCUACGUUUUAUUUGGGGAAUGGGAAGGAUGGUGGCAAGGUGUUUGGGUGGGGGGCAUACUUUUAAAAGUUCAGUCUAUAGCAAUGAUGAAUAGUUCCAUGUCAUUGGCAGCAAUACAACCAGGUCUUGCCCAGGGGAGCUUUGACUUCCACAGGUGACUUGGAAUCACAGAAUCACAGUGUUGUAGAGAUGGAAGGGAUCCUGAGAGUCAUGUAGACCCACCCCCUGCAGUGUAGGAAGAUGCAGAACGUCCCAUAUGCGGAUCGAACCUGCAACCUUGGCGUUACCAGACCAUGUUCUAACCAGCUGAGCUAUCCAGCUUCUUCUAAGGAAGAUGCCAGCUCUGUCCCUUUUCCUCCUGUGGUGGAUGUGAGAGAGGGAGAUGCUGUCCCCUUUCCUCUCUCUGUCCCCUUUCCUCCUGUGGUGGGUGUGAGAGAGGGAGAUGCUCUUUAUCACAGGGAUCCUGACAAGGUCUUCCCAGCUCUUGAUCAGUCUUUGGCCAGCCCUGGUGCCGUCUGACUGGGGCUUUGUGUGUCCACUUUCCCCCAGACAGUCCUGCUCUUUCAAAUGCUCCAGAUCUCUUCUUCUGGGGUGGUGGCGGUUCUGUUUCUCCACCCCAGCUCAUUGCAGCUUUCGGGGGGGGGGGGGGAUCAGGGACCAAAGGGUGUCAUGAGGUGCCUUGGGAGAUUUCCUUUGGUGGGCUUCCCCACUGGAGGAUUGGCUACUGCAUCCUAAGGGGAGGGAAUUCCCACCACUAGGCCAAACAGCUUAGCGGUCCAGGCUGAUGUGUUAAAUGCUUCACUGGGAGCCUGUGGCUUGGCUCACUUAUUCGAGUCAUAGACCACUGGGUGGAAUGGCUUCCCUGUUUUGCAGAGCAUGAGUGCUUGUCUCCCCACAUCACUUGGUCAUGGGGCAUGAGGCAGACCCUCCAAUUCUCUCAUUGUGCCUCUUGCUGGCCCUGCUAGAAGCUUCUUGGGCAAGCGAGGCAAUGCUCCUGGCCCCACUCAGAAGGGGUCCUGGGCAGGCAGAGGUUCUCCCUGCCUUGCCCUGCAUCGCAAUCUGCUUUUCUAAUCCCCCCUCCAGGCGACGGGUGGGUGAGCAGCCCUCCCAUCUGGCAAAUGGCACCCAAAGUCCCGCCAUAUGUAUGCCAGCAUCCCUUGCAGCUGCCCGAGGGAGCUGAUUGGCUGAUGGCCUAGUUUGUCCGCCCGCCCUGUGGCCAGGAGGGAGCGUGUCCCAGGAUCCGAAGAAAAAGGCUCAUCUGGAGCAGAGUCUGCCCCGUGGGGCUCUGUGGGAAGAGGGGCAGGCACUUCUGGAAAGGAGGCCAGGAUCGCUCCACCCCAAAACACUGGGGAGACGGCGCUCCUUGGGGCAGCCAAACACAAAGCAGUGGGGCGGCUGCAGGAGGUUCCUGACAGAUGCCCCCCCCCUUGCUCUCCUAAUCCUGACUUUCAUUGUUGGCCGUGCAUUAAGCACUCAAUCUCUUGCCGGCAAAAGUGAAAGCAGAUUUAGCCCCUUAAUCUGAUCUGUUCAGCCCAGCUGCCCCCCCAGUUCCUGACUUCGGUGGGUGCAGAGGGGCGGACGUUCAAGCGCCAGCCGCAAGGUGGGCCUGGGGCUUCUGUUACAAAGUCAUAGAAUCACAGAAUCAUAGAAGUGUUGAGUUGGGAGGGACCAUGAGGGUCAUCUAGUCCAACCCCCUGCAGUGCUGGAAUCUUGUGGGACUCGAACCCACAACCAGGAGAUUAAGCGUCUUGUGCUCCAGCUGAGCUACGUGUUGCUGUGCUGAGGCCUCUGGAAUCAGCCUAGACCGGACAGUCCUGGGAGGGGGGCACUGGUACUCCUGGGUGGGCAAAGGGCUUAUGGUGCGUAGGUCACAAAACCUGCAGGAGGUUUUCAUGUGUCCUUUCCCUGUUUGGGAGAUGACAGGAAGAUCCCACUGUUGUGGCAGUUGCAGGUGAUGCAGCCUCUUCAGUCUGCCUUGCGUGUGUUGCUCUGCCUGCUUUUGGUUUGGGGGGGGGGUCGUUGCUUUCCAUUUUUGCCUAGGACUUGGAGAAUGAGGGUUUUGAAUAGGAAGGAGGUCGGGGAGUCUGUUCUGUAUAACACUUUUACCCAGGUUUAGAAACUGAGGCAGGAAAGUUAGGAGCUGAAGGGCACCUUAAACCUAGCUUAUGGGCGCCACAAAAGUGCGCUUUUUUAUAACAAGAACACAAAGCUGAAAAUGAAGAAACUGCAGCUAAAAUCUUAACAUGGUCUAGUCCUCAUCUGAAGACUGCAAAAAACAAAGCCAUACUUUCCCAGCCCACCCCCCUAAUAAUCUUAAGAGGGUCUCGUUUCCAGUCUUCAGAGAGUGGCUGGAAGUGGGGAGGCAGAAAAAGGUCCUCCUUUCCUUCCAGAAGUGGCAGUUUUAAUCUUAAAUCUUAGGCACAGCACUAUGCCCAGAGCUCAGAAACUGCUCGCAUUAAUGAAAUUCCCUCUUGCAAAACACACCUAGAACAAGGGGAGUUUUGAACGCUGCUUUUACCCCCUCCUCCAGUUAGGACUAGCACUGUGUAAUAGAAUAAAAUGUAAAACAUAUGUUCAGGCAAGGGUCUUCGCAGCCAAGGUGGUUCCUUCUAGGGCAUGGGUAGGCCAACUAAGGCCUGGGGGCCGGAUGUGGCCCAAUCGCCUUAUCAAUCCGGCCCGCGGGUAUGGUCCGGGAAUCAGUGUGUUUUUACAUGAGUAGAUUGUGUGCUUUUAUUGAAAAUGCAUCUCUGGGUUAUUUGUGGGGCAUAGGAAUUCAUUCAUUCCCUCCCCCGCAAAAAAAAUAGUCCGGCACCCCACAAGGUCUGAGGGACAGUGGACUGGCCCCCUGCUGAAAAAGUUUUCUGGCCCCUGUUCUAGGGCCCUUAUUUUUUCAAAUACCUGGACUCGAAAGGAAGGUGUUUUCCUCAGCAUUCCGUCUGAUUUCCUGCCGCUCCCAGAGGCAGCGUGGUGCCACCUUGGUCAGACGCUCCCCACGCACCAAGGCCUGAUGUCCAGAUUUAGCAGGCCUGCAGGGAGGUCAAGGGAUAAGCCAAUUUACCUGGGCAGCAUAAAAAGCCUGGAGAAGGCGUUGGAUGCUGCAAGGGAGCCCAGGCAGGGCUGCUUCCCUGGGAAAUCAGGCUGUGUCCUGUAUCUUGGAACGUGACCCAACUUUGUGAUGUGCUCAACGUCUCAACCGGUCAAGCCCAAGCUAGGGGGGCACCUGCCUGUUAACGGCCUCUGACUCUGGGGUGGAAUUUGUGGAUCAGGACCCAGAAUUAAAGGAGCCUCUGGAUGCAACCCCAGGAAUCAAGCCAGCCUCUCUUCCGCCAUGCCAAGCCUGCUUUCUUGGGCGCUCAUUCGGGGGCGGGAUUAGGAGGGGAGGAGCCAGCAGCCCUUAAUCGGCUUAUCAGCUGUUAAAUGAAACUCCCUGGAGUGGGGGGGGGGUUGGAGGUUGUGAGGGAGCCCCUUCCUGCUGUGCUUUGCAAGGCUGAGGUCAGCAGAAUUCCUCUGGCCAAGCACCACCUUCAUGCGGGCCAUGCCCCUUCCCUCCCCUUAUUGACCAAAUCGACGAAGAGGGUGCUUGCUAAAGGCCAGGUUGGUGCCAGUCCUGGGUGAGGAUGCAGCACCCUUGGGGGGCCCUGCCCAGGGGUGCCCCUUCCACGAGCCAAAGCAUUGGAGUUGGGCUGGCAGAGGAGAAGCGGGGCUGAGCUGCCCCACGGGCCCCCUCUGCCCAGAAGAAGCCACCUCUCUCCAGCCCAGUGGGACUUCUCUGGGGAUGGUGCCCUGGGGUGGGGGCAAUGGGGGGGUCGUUUGGCAUCCCUGCUUCCAUUUGCUCUCCUUGCAGCUUCGGGCAGCAGAGGGGCUUUCCUUGGGGCACGGAGGGUCAGCGUCAGACCCACCAGGUUUCGGCCCUGGAACCUUCUGGGGCUAUGUCUCUUUGGGGCUUCCCUAGACAGGCUGUGGUGGGAGAGGGGCUUUUGUCCUUGUGCCUUGGGGGAAAGGGGAGGCUGGACUAGGCGAGCCUUUGGGGUGAUCCCGCAGCCACCCAGCUCUUCUGAGGUUCUCCCCUGUCCAUUCAUCCGCCCCACAGGCAUUAUUGUCUCUGCCAGCUCCCCUCAGGGAAACAGCCCUGAAGCCAAGCAGUGUUCUGAGCCCAGCCUCUGAGGCAGAAGGUCCAUGGGAGAGCUUUCUGCCUGGCAGUGCUUCUCCUGCAACGCAGUUCCUUUUCCUGGCAGAGGGAGGUGGUCCUGAGCAGUGCCCCCACCUCUUGCAUCAGAUCUGUUAUUCCUUGGAGGGAUCCUGGGGGCAGAGUCCCUGGCUUGGUGACCCCGUCCAGGCGCCCUCCUAGCUUGGAGGGGGACCAAUUGGGGCUCCAGCCCUUUGUUCUGCCUGGCACCGGAGGCUGGCUGCUCUGUCUGUGCCCUCUCUGCUUUGGGGUUCCAGAGGGGAUGAGGGGAGGCCUGCUUUCUCCCUGUGCUUCCCCUGUGUGCCUAGAGAUGGUGUCAGCCCUGCCUCCUGAUUGGCUGAGGAGGCGGGAGGUGGGGCUUUAUGACAUGCCUGGGAGUUUGCCAGCCCCCUUCCUAGGGCAGCCCUCCUUGAACCGCGUGGCCAGUGGGGCUGGUGCUGGCGCUGGCCCAGACACCUGUCCAGGUGAAAGGGGGGCUUUGUCCAGUGACCCCUCACUUGCGCCCAUCCCUCUCCUCCUUGCCUGUCCCCCCCAUGUGCAGUGGCCAGUGUGAUGCCCCCUGGUGGCGCAGGGGAUGCCUGCAGGCAGCGGAGCGGGGCCUGGCAGGGGCCUGCCAGUGCGUCUCCCACUUGCUGCCCUGCAGAAGCAGCUUCCUUUGCAAAAGACAGAGAGGCCUCUCUCCCGCUGGAAGGGCUGAGGGCGAGUCUGACACGCACAGCUUGCUCUGGGGCCCCUGGACUUAGUGGCAACGCUGCUGCCUUUGUGGGCUCCCAUCCUCCUUUUGUGCCUUUGUGCUCAAGUGCUGCAAAGUUUUUGGCAUCUUCUCCCUGCCCCUUUGAAAAGAUGCUGCUGGGGAAAGCUGAAGUCUGACUCUGACCUGGUCAGGGGAAGCCUUUGCCUGGGGGAAGUGCAGGCUCAGCCACCGUGGGGAGGGGCUGGGCUGCGUGCAGGUGGGGGCCAGGGAGUCUCCUGCUGGGGUGGGGGAGGAGCUCUGGUAAUGCCCCUCCACCCCACCUGUCUGGGAGCUGUGGGGUGCAGCAGCUACUAUUUGGUGAUGCUCUUGAAUUAGUUUCUUUUUCUGCUCCUCCACCCCAUUUUCUCUGGUGCAAGGAUGAGGCUGAUUGAGUGGAAUGGAAGUGAACCCUGUCCCUUUCGCCAUGGGAUGGGCUUUAGUCAGGCUUGUCCAAAACCCCCAAUGUGAUUUGUUCUGCAAAGCGCGGGGGGGACGGACCUCCUGCCUCUGGGCCAGAUCUGGCCCACCAAGCCUUCCCCUUAUUGCUGGAGUAUUUUACACCUGUCUCAUGGUUCUGUCAUCUGCUGCCAGGAAGUUACAGCUCCAAUACUUUCCCCAAACCACACCAGACAUUGCUUGUGGCAUCCGGUGUGGGGCAGGGAGUGACCUGGCUGGCUGGCUGGACUUCAGUCCCCCUUGGUCCCUCCUCCCUCUCAUGGGUCAACCCACUGCCCGCCCGUCUCUGCAAUCACCUGACGUCAAGUGACGGAUGGAGGUGGGCCCUGGCCACCUUUCAAAUGUGGUUUCUGCAGGGGGCGGAGAUGGAGAUUUGGCCUGUCAGGCCAACCAGGUUUGCCGCCCUUGCCAUAGAGCAACAGGGGCUGAGGCUUCAUGGCGGAACAUGUGUUUGGUGUGCUGAGGUCUUGGGCUCAGUCCUGGGCACCUGAGGCCUCGCCUUUGGGGCAGGGCUUGGAACCGCUUUCCCUGGCGAAUAACGCCUCCCUCCCUUCUUCCUGCAGUUGGGGCAUGGCCGUCAAUGUAUAUUCCACUUCUGUGACGAGCGAGAACCUGAGUCGCCAUGACAUGCUUGCGUGGGUCAACGACUCCCUGCAGCUCAACUACACCAAGAUUGAGCAGCUGUGCUCAGGUACUGGGCGGCAGGGGGCAGAAGGGGCGGCGAUGGGGUGGUGCAGCCCUGGCAGUGCGGGUAGCCUUGAACCGUCAGUGGUUUGGGGCGUAGGGAGAAGCAGGGACCUUGCCUGCUGUGCUGGGGUCCAGAGACUGCGUGGAAGAAGCCAAUUUCUGUGCCCUUUCCCUUGGCAGGGGCUGCCUAUUGCCAGUUCAUGGACAUGCUGUUUCCAGGCUGCAUCCACCUAAGGAAGGUGAAGUUCCAGGCCAAGCUGGAGCACGAGUUCAUCCACAACUUCAAGGUGCUGCAGGCUGCCUUCAAGAAAAUGGGUGUGGACAAGGUGGGUCUCCGGAAGGGAGGAGGCGUGGGAGGGGGCUUGCCUUGGGCUCCCACUGGCAUGGCCCUGGAGCUGGGUGUCAGGGCUGGAGGCAGAGGUCUACGGGAAGCCUUUGGCUCCAGUUGGCAGCCCUGGCUCCGUUUCCCAGAGGCUGGGCACCCUUGGCUUGCAUGUGGGAUUUUCGUCCGUAUGAAUAAAGACCAUGGGUUUGACCAACAACGUUUGUAGUGUUCCCAAAGCAAAGGAAGGAUUGGACUCUGAUUAAUAGAAUACACACGAGGCUUGACCAGCAAGACUCUGGGAGGGGUGCGUAUAAUAAUAAUUCCUGUCCACCCCUGGGCCCAGGUCGUUUUAUUCACGAAAGAACUUUUUACACGGUGUUCGUAAGAACCAAUCAGAUUUUCUCUGAGCAUUUCAAAAACCCCACGUGGGACAAAAUCAGUUCAGAAGAAAUCCUGCUAACUACAAAAACUACUUUGAGCAUGCAUACAUAUCUGAGAGUAAAUAAAACAGGACUAGAGGAAGGAAAACCCUGGAGGUCAUAAACAAGCUGUAAACAUAAGGGGAAGGAUGGCAAGGAAGAUAGGUAUCUUUAUCAUCUUCAUGUGAAACUGUUUCCUGGCCCUAAGAUUAACAAAACCAAGGAAAAGUACAUCAAAGGAGUUACCUUCUACCUUUAUGACCCAGGAUGCCUGGUGAACAAAUGGCCUGUGUUUAGAAUGCUUGUAUGUGCCUGUCAGGCAGAGAAAUUGGACAGAGACGCAGAGGCGUGGAUUGAUCAGAAAUCAUAUCAAAAUGGCUGAAACCCAGUCAACGCAAUGCUUUCAUUGCUGGCACAAAUGGCUUGCUCCAUAUUUUUUGUAAUUCCUCAUAGCAGUCCCACCUGAUCACUACGAACGUUUUUGGCUCUGAGGUUCUGUGAGUGACCAGGUAUCUCUUAAUGAUCUCCUUCCCUCUCUCCUGGACUUGUUGCAGAUCAUCUCAGUGGAGAGGUUGGUGAAGGGGAAGUUCCAGGACAACUUUGAGUUCAUUCAGUGGUUUAAGAAAUUCUUUGACGCCAACUACGAUGGGAAGGAGUACAACCCGCUACUGGCGAGGCAAGGCCAGGAGGUGGCGCCUUCUCCAAACCCAGGUGAUCAGAUCUUCAACAAACUCAAGAAACCCAUUGGCACUGCAGGUAAUGUCGCUAGAGCCAGCGGGCACCCCAGGAUCCGGCCUCCAGCAUGACCGUGGCACCCCGGCAUCCAGCUUGGCAACUCCUGGGGCAUCGGGGGGGAGGGUGGAAGGAGAGCCCACCUCCCUGGGCGUGGGAGGCAGGAUCCUGCUGUGCAGCCGAGGGACCCGGGAAGCUGCCUUAUCCCGAGUCAGACCCGCUGGUCUGUGCUGGGAGGAAUUCAGACAGGGAGCGCGUCCCCAGCCCUGCCCAGGAUUGAACCAGAGGCGGGUCUCAAAGGAGGGGAGCAAACAGGGUCCGACAGCAGAGGCAAGUCCUCUGGGCAUUCCAGAUCCAACCAACUCAGAUUCCAGGUCACCACUUCAGGCCUGUGAAAUAUAGCCACCAGGCACUGUUCUGGCAAAGGGGUUUUCUGCUCGUAAAAGUCCACGAGAUGAACAUAACCAGUGUGCACUGACUUAUUAAAGAGAGUGAGCUGCAACCAUUUCUCAUAAGGCGGGGUCUCCAGACCCCUCAGCAGUCCUGGCUCCCCUUCCGCAGAUGUGCUGCAGUUUGCCAACACUGUUCUUAAAAGCUGGCGGCUGGACGCAGCAUGGCAGAAGAGUGGCCUUGCUUCUUCCUGUACCAGGGCUCUCCUCUUCUGUUAGCGCAGCCCAACACCGCAUUACCCUCUGGCUCCACGUAGCCCUGUGGGUCGGUCGUGCCAGCAGGGCUCAGCCUGCUUCCUCCCGAGGAAACGACCCCUCUCAGCUUGCCGCUGUGCUUAAGCGAAUGGGGCCUGGCUGCAUUGCAUGCUGCAACCUGUCUCACACAGGAAUCUCUGUGGAAUCUGGCUGCUCUUCUGGGAAGACGUGCAGAGCCGCCUUUGCCUUUGGGGGUGGGGGCUGUGGCGCCCAGGCCUGGCCUGCUCAGAGCUGCUCUUCCCCCUCCUCGGAAGCUUGCAGAGCACAGCCCUUCCUGUUCUCCCUUUGGAGUGAGCCACGCAUGCCCAUUUCACAGAGGAGGCAGGUGAGGGGGGUGGCUGCUGCAAAGCCACACGAUGCCCUGGGCUCAGGUGCUUGAUGCCCUGCCCUCGUAGGCUCAGAUCUGGCUGGGUCUGGGGGCUCCUCAGUCCUUGCCCGCCCCAUGUUUCCCUUCUCUGCUUCCCGGGAGGCUGGAAGAAGGUUGUGUACCCAAGGCUGCUCAGGAAACCCUGCAGCUUUUUAGAGGGGAUUGGUGUGGCGUUCCCAAAGCAAAGGAAGGAUUAGCCUCUGAUUAAUAAAAUACACACAGAGGCUUGACCAGCAAGACUCUGGGAGGAGUGCGUAUAGUAAUAAUUCCUGUCCACCCUCCGGCCCAGGUCGUUUUAUUCACAAAAGAACUUUUUACACAGUGUUCGUAAGAACCAAUCAGAUUUCCUCUGAGCGUUUCAAAAACCCCAUGUGGGACAAAGUUAAAAGUUAAAACUACAAAGAGCUACAAAAGUUAAAAGUUAAAACUACAAAAACUACGAAUUUCCUACUUGAGCAUGCAUAUGUAAUUCAGAGUAAAUAAUAGAGGAAGCAAAGAGGAAUGCUUUUAAGAAAUUCCGGAGGUCAUAAACAGCAGUAAACAGGAGAGGAAGGAUAGGUAGUAUUUACCAUCUCCUUGAGAAUGAUUAACAAACUACAUCAAAGCUUCCUUCUGUCUUUAUGACCCAGGAUGCCUGGUGAAGCAACUGGCCUGUGUAUUUAGAAUGCUUAUACGUGCCUGUCAGGCAGAGAGAAAGCAAAUGGCAGAGGUGGAGAGGCCUGUGGGAUUCGAUCAGAAACCAUUGUCAAUGCUUUCAUCGUGGACACAAUGGCUUGCUCCAUAUUUCAUAAUUCCUCAUAGCAAUCCCACAUGCUGGAUAUUUGCACUACUACAGAUUGGAACCUGGGUGGCAGCACCUAGAGCCCGCUUCCUCUCCACCUUUCAAGGCCUGCUAGUGGAGAUGCCCCCCUGUCCAGGGCCUGGUCUUCCCCAGGCCUUUUCCGGACAAAGGGACCCUGACGAGGGGUGAUAAAAGAGGCCCCCCUGCUCCCCAGCCACCCUCCCUGAGUCAGGAAGGGGAUACCUAAGUCACAAUGUGGAACACACAGAGAGAAGCUCUGGGUGAGCAGGCCGUGGAGCCCAAAGGGUGGCAGAGGGUUGGGCUGACCUUGGUUGCAGCAACCAGCUUCCUUCCUGCUGGAGCUUCCGCUUGGAAGGGGACAGAAGGCCCCCACCCCAGGUGCAGCUUGUUCCCCAGAGGGUGAAUCACAGGCACCAGGUGAAUGGGGCAAGCUCCGGCAUUGAUGUGAUGAGUCCAGAGAUGAGCCCGGAAAGAGGAGUGGGGUCCCCAGGGCCGCCCUGCAUGGCUCUCCCUAGCGGGGCUCGCUUGCUUUGCUCUGCGGUGGCAGCAACACCCGCUGGGGGGCUGGCUGGGGGCACGGCUCUUCCCUGCAUGUGUGUAGCUUGACGCUGCUGCCCUGUGGUGGUGGGCAUGGCGGGAGGAAAAGCCUCUCUGCUCUGGGGGUGGGGGGAGAGAAUUAUAUGUCCUUGACUCCCAGGGAGGCAGGAGGAAGGGGGACCCAGAGCCAGGCCCCCCACCAAGCUGUCACUUUCUGCAGUGGUGCAGAGCACCCGUGGGAUCUGGAUUUCAGCCAGUCCCUCCACCCACACUCUGCACCCUGAGCGGCCAUUUCUCCUUCCUUCCUUCCUUCCUUCCCUCCUUCCUCCCUCCCUCCCUCCCUCCUUCCUUCCUUCCUUCCUUCCUUCCUUCCUUCCUUCUUCCUUCCCUCCCUCCCUCCCUCCCCUCUCCUCUCCUCCCUCCCUCCCUUCCUUCCUUCCUUCCUCCCUCCCUCCCUCCCUCCUUCCUUCCUUCCUCCCUCCCUCCCUCCCUUCCUUCCUUCCUUCCUUCCUCCCUCCCUCCCUCCCUCCCUCCCUUCCUUCCUUCCUUCCUUCUCUCCCCCUGUCCAGGCCACUUCUGGGGCUCCAGCUGCACACGGUCUUCUUGCAGGCCUCACUCAGGCGCACGCCCUGGCAGAAGCAGACGGGGUUGAUUGCCAGGAGACUCCUGAGUAACUUCUCUUUCUCUCUCUCUGACUUCUUUGCACAGUCCCACAGCGAACCUCCCCCACAGGCCCCAAGAACUUGCAGAAUCCGGCCCGGCUGAACGUCGCUCCCAGCAAUAUUGUACGGAAAAACCCUCCCUUGGCCCGGAAUGGGGGCAGUGAAGCAGAUGCCCAGAUCCUGGAGCUUAACCAGCAGGUAUGGGCAGGGAUGGGGCAGCAGGGCUUUGAGCUUUGCAGAGGCUCCUUUUCCUGACUUGGAUGUUGAGGGGCCCUGUUACUAUCAAUCCAAACCGGGUCAAUGAAUGCCCACCAGUCACCCCACUUUAAAGAGCCGGUCAAGGGACCGUCCAGCCACGUGGGUCAGGCCUCUGAUGCCCUGAAGCAGCCCCUUGGCUGUUGUCCUGAGCUGGACUUGCCCAGGUGGCCUCAGCAGCGCCUGCCUCUUCCUUCCAGCAGCUGGGAAAGGGGCCACGCAGCCGCCCUCUCCGUUUGGCCCGUGGCUCUUGGGGCCCGGGGGAAGCCAAAGCAAGCUGCCUCCAGAGUGCUGCUUUAAGGCAGGGAGAGAGUCUGGAGGCAGGAGGUGUGGAGAAUUGGGGGCUCUGGCGGGAGGUGCACUGAUAGAUGCCGGGAGAGCAACGAUCCCUCUGGCAAGUGAGCCAGGAUCCCUCAGGGUUCACUGGCCCAAAGAGAGGAGGGGAGGGAGGCUGAAAAAACCAGGCAGAAGGUCUUCUUGGCGGUGGCACCCUCCCUGUGGAAUGCCUUCCCAUCGGAUCUUGAGAUAAAUAACUAUACAGCUUUUAGAAGACAUCUGAAGGCAGCCCUGUAUUGGGAAGCUUUUCAAUGUUUGAUAUUUUAUUGCAUUUUUAUGUGUUGGAAGUUAGAUAGGCAGGAUAUAAAUAAUAAAACAUCAGCAUCAUUAUUUUAUUUUAUUGUUAUUUACCUACCUACCAUGAGUAUGGUGAUCUGAAGGAGAAUUAGUGUUUUUUCAAAACACACACAAAUUGGAGGGAGAGAAGAACCUAAGUAGAGGCUGCUGGGUCAGGCCAAAGGGGUCUCACUUUGGCCAACCAGAUGCCUCUUCUGAGAAGCCCACAACCAGGGUUGACACCCCCUUAGCUGAGGCUGAGCCCGUGGGACAAAAGGCAGAGGGUCUUCUCAGCAGUGGCGCCCGCCCUGUGGAACGCCCUCCCUUCAGAUGUCAAGGAGAUAAAGAAUUACACAACUUUUAGAAAACACCUGAAGGCAGCCCUGUAUCGGGAGGUUUUUAACGCUUGAUGUUUUAUGUUUUUAGAUACGCUAUAAGCCGCCCAGAAUGGCUGGGGAAACCCAGCCAGAUGGGUGGGGUAUUGGUAUUAUUAUUAUUAUUAUUAUUAUUAUUAUGUGUGAACUUUUUGAAACCCGCCUGUGUGAGUCUGGGGAAGAAGAGCAGCCCUUUGUCUUCCCUUCGCUGCCUCCCCAGAGCAAAGGGCAUCUCCCCCAGCUCCCUGCAAGGUCUGCGCAGGCCCUGCCCUUGGCCUUGUUCUCGGCUACGGCAGGAGGGGCUGCUGGGGUUGGCGCCCCCUUGCCGGCCCUGGCUCACCUUGCCCGUUCUCUCCCUGGGGCGGGGGCAGUUGGUGGACCUGAAGCUGACGGUGGACGGGCUGGAGAAGGAGCGCGACUUCUACUUCAGCAAACUGCGGGACAUUGAGCUGAUCUGCCAGGAGCACGAGAGCGAGAACAGCCCCAUCAUCUCAGGCAUCAUCGGCAUCCUGUAUGCCACGGAGGUGGGUGCCAGCCGGGGGCGGCAGCUGCCCGUGCCCCAGCCCUGGCCCCCGCUGCUCUUGGAGGGAGGUGGGAGCAGCCCUGGCCGGGGAGCCUGGCGGGUGGGGGAGCCCACUUGGCCCCGCCUGUGUCUCACUCCCUCUCCCCGGUCCUUGCAGGAAGGCUUUGCCCCCCCAGAGGACGAGGAGCUGGACGAGCAGCACCCGGAGGACCAGGAUGAAUACUAGCUGGGCCCCCGCCCUUGUGCGCUUGCUCGCUGCCCCACCAUGACCGACCGCCCCACACUCCUCACAGGCCAUGGACAUUUACGGUUUUGCAUUGUACAGCCUCCUCCUGCACAGUCACACAUUAUAACAGGUUUCUACCGACCCGAGAGGCCCGCGGUGCUUUCUGUGCGUUCCGCAGAUCCCGUGGGAAGCCCACGACUACCUGGUAAACAAGCGUCCCUAGAGAGAGGAGACCAGCGCUGUAAAUAGGCCUGCGGUGGGGCAGGAUGCUGGGUCCGGUGCCCCGGGCUCUGCCCCCCCCGCCCCGCCCCGCCCCGCUCCCAUCCCACCCCAUCUUCCUUAUUUAUUGAAUAAUUUUAUUCUUUCUCCAGUUGUCUUGGGUGUGAGCGCUCCCCAUCCCUUGUAUUAUAUUGAGAGACAAAUUCUUUGUAUAUUUUUCCGUACUGGAUUUCACUUGCACUUUGCCUGUUGUGUUUGUGCGGAGCCAAGCUCUGGCACCCCCUCCCGGCUCGGGGGAGUUUGGGGGUGUGCGAGCCGGGGGGGCCAAGCCCAGCACUGGAGGCUUGCUAAUUUGGGGGGUGGUGGGAGGAGGGGAGGGCUUGGACUUGGAAUAUUUAUUUAUUGGGGUUACUUUAAUGAGGCUGCUGAGAAUGUGGCUUUUCCAGCUGCUCUGUCUGACAUAUCAGGUGGGUUGAGGGCAGGAGAACUUCAUAGAUGGCUGCCUUCCUCUGCCAGGAGCUUCAUGGGGGGGGGGCGUGACCUGGGGACAUGGCAGCCUUGCAGUUGGGAAGAGAAGGGUGGACAGGAGCUCUCCCCCCGACCCCCAGAACCAUCUGUUUCUCAUAAACAUCUUUUUGGUUUGAGUUCCACCUCUUGCCCUUGGGAUGCCCGCCAUUGGGAGGGCCUCAGGCCUUUGCCCGCUCCCCCCAGUUGUGGCCCACCAAGGUUUUAGUUCAUGCUGUUUUGACAAGAUUGCCACACAAACUCUGCCUUGGCCUGUUCCUCGUUUUGCAUUGCCUGUUUGAUCACAGACACUGGUGUGCAAAGCCUGCAUCUGUGUUGCGUUUUAUUUAAAAUAAAAGUUGUGUGGUUCGAGAA